CACACACCAAUUUAACAAAGUUUCAGCCACAAAAACAAAGUUUCUGAAGUAGAACAAUGACUUUCACAGUAAAGACAACCCAAUUUAACAGGAAAUAAGACUUUCAAACCAGGAACAGAUUUCUGCAAUUAUUAAAAAAUGGUUUAUUAUAAAAGCUAUGAAAAUUCGCCAAAAAUCAGAGGAUAAGGGAAACGUUCCAAAUUUUAGUGAGAUAUCAGUGUUAAAUGUGUUCUACCACUGUACCAAGUUUGAAGAAGAUCACUCAAAAAAUGAGGGCGGGAGAGUCCUGUAAAAUCUCCCCUCGUGCUGUUUUUUUUGGCCACUGCGCAUGCGCAUCCGCCAUUAACGAAUUACUUUUGAAACUAACGAAUUUUCAUUAAUUUCGAAUUUUUUGGGGGGCAAAAUUUGGAAAUGACAUCAGAAACGAAACGCUGGCGCCCCCUACUUUUGAAAUGAGUUUAGAAUCAAUUUUUUCAUGGAUCGCUCAAGCCUACUAACUACAUUUAUACACGUUGUAGAACACUAUACCAGGAAGCAUUCUAGUACAAGUUUCUGUUUCCUUCUCUGUAUAUUUUGUAUGGCAGAACAGCCACUUGCCAUGUGACAUCUUAAGUACUACAGGUCAAAAACAGGUUAACUACCUUUGUGACUUCUUGUUUUUAGAUGCAGGAAAAAAAGUGAAGGGAAAAAAUCAGAAAGAAUCAUUUCAAGUCCAUCUAUGACCUUUCUUCAUAAAGAUAUUGAACAAGAUGGGGCUCGAAAGUGGAUGUACAGACUAGUGUGUCAAGGCAGACCUCAUGAGUGAUGCAGUAAAAUCUUUAAAGGAAAUCAAGACUCAGCUUCAUGCUACUGCUGAAGGUUUUUUGGCACCUGUCUGGCUUCAGUGGAAGACUUCCAAGCUUGGUCUGGGAAAAGACUCCAGAAACCCUAACAGAAUCAAAGAUUAAAUGUAAUGUUAUGGAGAUAAAGAACCAAAUAUCUCUUAUCAUUCUAAAUCUACAAGAGAAACAAGCUCUCCUCUCAGUUCUUAUAAACUGGUGAGGAGAAAUUGUCGAGACUCCGAUGUUUCAUUGUUUGUUCAUAUGCUAAAAUAAUUGGACCAUAAACCAAGAAAGAAAUCACUUCCCAGGAGAAAAUUGUCCUGCUACCACCCUGUUUAGGAUGACUGGAAUAAAGGACGGAAGACGACUGUGGAUUUUGUGCAUUCUCUGCAGUUGCUGCCACAGCAAAACAUUGAUACAGAAGGUUCAGCACCCAGCAGACACCUUCAGUGAAUGUUCCACAUGGGGUAGCUUCCAUUUUCAGACAUUUGACCACGUAAAAUUUAACUUUCCUGGACUUUGCCACUAUGUUUUCGCUUCCCACUGCAAAGAUGAUUACCAGGACUUCAAUAUUGAGAUCAUGAGGAGCAUCAAGAAUGGGACAGUCAUCUACUGCACUGCCACUAUUGAUGGUGUGCUUCUGAAGCUGAAAGAAUCAAGCAUCACUGUAGAUGGGAAUGUAAUUUCUCUACCCUUCAGCCUGAAGAGUGUUGUAAUAGAAGAUCUUUAUCCUUACAUCCAAGUCUCCUCCACACUAGGCCUGACUCUCAAGUGGAAUUGGGGUGACACUCUCCUAUUGAAUUUAGAAAAUAUGUACAAAGGGAAGACUUGUGGUUUGUGUGGAAACUAUGAUGGCAAUGAAAAAAAUGAUCUGAUUCUUCGUGGUUAUAAGCUUUCGCCAUGGCAGUUUGGAAACCUUCAAAAAGUAGACGAUCCAACAAAGAAGUGUCCUGAUAUCCUUGGAGACAGCAGAAAGCAAAAAGACAACUCCCUCCAGCAAGAUAAAUGCAAAAGUAGAUAUAAAUCUAAGUGCAAAAGGGCUUUGUCUCGUUUUGGGAACUGUGCUAAAGUGAUUUCUCUUGAUGACUACUUAUCCCUCUGCAUUGAGGACAUGUGUGACUGCUCUCAGAAAUCUUCUCAUUCUGACCUGGUUGCAAGCUGUGUGUGCAGCACUUUCAGCCAAUACUCCCGAGAUUGUGUCCUCCAAGGUGGAGACCCAGGAAAAUGGAGAUCCAAAGAACUUUGCUACCAAAAAUGUCCACACAACCUGGAAUAUAUGGAAUGUGGAAACCCAUGUUUUGAUACUUGUUUCAACCCAGAAAGGAGCAAAAUAUGUAGAGCCCAAUGUACUGAUGGAUGUUUUUGUCCUGAAGGGAAAAUUCUUGAUGACAUCCGUGACAAAAAAUGCAUCCCUGCUGCCAACUGUCCAUGCACCUACCAAGGCAAAAACUAUUCCAUUGGAGACACCUAUUCUCUCCCCUGCCAGAACUGUACCUGCACUGAUGGCAAAUGGUCGUGCUUAUCCCUGCCUUGUUCUGGACACUGUAAAAUAGAAGGAGGAUUUCAUAUAACUACCUUUGACAAGAAGCAAUUCAUUUUUCAUGGAAAUUGUCACUAUGUCUUAGCUAAGGAUACUGAUGGAUCUUUUGUGAUCAUUGGAGAAAUAGUUCAGUGUGGCCUUUCAAAUACUAUGACAUGCCUGAAAAAUGUCUUAAUUACCGUAGGAGCCAUUAAGAUAAGAAUCUGUUCCUGUGGAGAUGUCUAUGUCAAUAAUGUCAUUGCAACAUUACCUUUAACGAAAGAUGGUGUCACUCUCUUCAGACCAUCCACAUUCUAUGUCAACAUUGUGACUUCUUCACGGGUACAAAUUCAAGUACAGCUGAAACCCAUUAUGCAGCUCUUCAUAACAGUAGAUGAAACUUAUCAAAAUCGAUCUUCUGGCCUUUGUGGGAAUUUCAACAAUAUACAAGCUGACGAUUUUCAAACCAUCAGUGGGAUUAUAGAAGACUCUGCAUCUGCAUUUGGAAACUCAUGGAAGACCAUGGCCAACUGUGCUGAUGUUCAAGACAGUUCUGAAGAUCCGUGUUGGAAAAGUGUAGGCAAAGAAAAAUUUGGGCAGCAUUGGUGUGCAGUUCUGUUGAACACAAGUGGAGUGUUCGCUGAAUGUCAUUCUGUUAGUGAUCCCACCCCUUAUGCUAAGAACUGUGCUUAUGACACCUGCAAUGCUGAGAACAGCAAAGAAGUGUUGUGCAGUGUUUUCUCAGCCUAUGCCAGAGAUUGUGCUUCAAGAGGAAUACAUCUGAAAGGUUGGAGAAAUGGCAUCUGUGAUGUGUCCACGGAGUGCCCUAGAACCAUGGAGUACAGCUAUGAAGUGAAGUUCUGUAACAGGUCGUGUCGUUCAUUGAGGGAGCCUGACCUGCUGUGUAAUGUUCACGUUGUCCCUGUUGAAGGCUGCGGCUGCCCAGACGGGACCUAUCUUAUGAAUGAGAAUGAAUGUGUCUCUCCAGAGGACUGCCCAUGUUAUUAUAAAGGCCAAAUGAUCCAGCCUGGAAAUUUGCUCCGAAAGGAUGGGCUCAUGUGCAAAUGCAUUCAAGGACAAUUGGAUUGCAUUGAAAAAGCAGAAAUCAGGAAAGAAUGUCCUUUUCCAAUGUACUACUUUGACUGUGACUCUGCUGGCCCGGGUGCAACUGGAUCAGAAUGUCAGAAGAGUUGCAAAACACAAGACAUGCAGUGUUAUGCUACAGAAUGUGUCUCUGGAUGUGUAUGCCCUAAUGGACUCUUGACCAACAGUAAUGGUGGUUGUAUUGAGGAGGAUCAAUGCCCUUGCAUCCAUGGAGGAAAUUACUACAGUCCUGGAACAUACAUCACAGUUAACUGUAAUACAUGCCUGUGCCAGAAGAGACAAUGGAAUUGUACAGAAAACCCCUGCCAAGGAAUAUGCACUGUGUAUGGGAAUGGGCACUAUGUCAAUUUUGAUGGAACAAAAUUUGAUUUUAUGGGAGACUGUGAUUAUAUCCUGGGUCAGGAUUUCUGUCCCAAUAAUUUGCAGCCAGGCACUUUUCGAAUUAUAGUGCAAAACACUGCAUGUGGUAAAUCCCUUUCAGUAUGUUCUCUGAAAAUUACCAUCUUCUUGGAGGGCAGUGAAAUCAGGCUCAUGGAAGAUAAAAUUAAGGAGAUAACCAGUAAACCAGAUACUCAAAAAGGCUACACAAUUUAUAUUAUGGGGAUGUAUAUAACAAUUAGAACUUCCAGUGGAAUGAGCUUCAUUUGGGAUCAAAAAACAACUCUAAUUGUGCAAGUGGCUCCUUCUUUUCAGGGCAGAGUUUGUGGCCUUUGUGGCGAUUUUGACAACAGUGCCAACAAUGAUUUUACCACGAGAGGGCAGUCUGUGGAAAUAGAUUCUCAGACAUUUGGAAACAGCUGGAAAGUGACUUCCAGCUGUUCAGACAUGAAUAAAAGAGAUCUCUGUGUGAAACAGCCUUCCAAGCUUGCACUGGGGAGAAAGUAUUGUAGUAUCAUCAAAAGUGAAACUUUUGGAGCUUGCCAUAGUAAGAUCAACCCAACACCUUAUUAUGAAACCUGUGUGUCAGAUUUCUGUGGCUGUGACAAUGUGCCAAACUGUGAGUGUUUUUGUACUGCUGUAGCUGCUUAUUCCAAGAGUUGUGGCAGAGCUGGCAUCUGUAUUGAUUGGCGGAGUCCUAGAAAUUGUCCUUUGUUUUGUGAUUACUACAACCCACCAAACAAAAAGGAAUGGCACUACAAACCCUGUGGAGAACCUUGUUUAAAGACUUGCAGGAAUCCUGCAGGGAAAUGUGACGAUCUACUCUACAGUUUGGAAGGUUGCUACCCAGAAUGCAGUGCUGAAAAACCAUAUUAUGAUGAGGAAAAAAGAGAAUGUGUUUCAAUGCUUGAGUGCACCUCGUGCGAUCCAAAAGAAACACUCUGCUUGAACAAAUCAAAUGGAAAAUUGGCUAUGUCUUCCACUAUCUCACCAGCAAAACAAGAAAUCAGAAUCUCCCCAUGUUUCUGUAAUAUAAACAGGCAGCUGAUAACCAGUGGCAGCAGCCAGUUUCUGACAAGGGAUGCUUCAGGCUGGUGUAUUUAUGCCUUUUGUAAUGCAACCUGCCAGACUGAAUUCAACUUUGGAGAAUGUAUCUCAUUCUCUACCACUACAAUUCCAAGCAAGCUGCCCUUAAUUCCCAACAGACCUUGUAAGGAGAAUAUAGAGAAGUGUGAGAAACAACCUCCUCCUUAUUCUGCAGGUAAUAUUGUUCCUACAUUUACUCCUGGGAGCGAUUGCACCAACCUUCACCCUCCUAGAAAGUUUCAAGAAAUAUGGACAUUUGGAAGAUGCCACAUUGCCACUUGCUUAGGAGACAAAAACAUUAAAAUAUCUGAUGUGCAGUGUCCACCCCCAAAAUUAAAACUCUGUGUCAAUGGAUUGCCUCUUGUAAAAAGCCGUGAUGCAUCUGGCUGUUGUGGGAAUUCUGAGUGUCAGUGUGCUUGUAGUGGUUGGGGAAAUCAGCACUAUUUAACAUUUGAUGGAUCCUAUUAUAAUUUCCGUGGCAAUUGCACCUAUCUCCUGAUGAAGCCAUUCAGACCUGGCUCUCAGAAUUUUUGGAUCCAACUGGACAAUCAUUAUUGCGCAGCCUCAGAAAGAGCUGUUUGCUCCAUGACCCUCUUCAUCUUUUACAACCACUCUAUCAUCAUUUUGACACGGGGAGUUGAAAAUGGAAAAGAAGGCAACUUGGUACUAUAUAACAAUAAGAAAAUCACUCCAGGUUUUUCCAGUGAUGGGUUUGAUAUUACUAUCUCUGGUCAAUAUGUGGUGGUUAAAAUUCCUGAAAUUGGACUCUACAUCACUUACACUCAUCUUAUUUUUUAUAUAAACCUGCCUUUCAGCACUUUUUAUAACAACACCGAAGGACAAUGUGGCACAUGUAACAACAAAAGGUCAGAUGAUGCAAUGCAAAGGAAUGGCAAGAUUGCAGAUUCUUUUACAGAGAUGGCAAAUGAUUGGAAAGUAAUGGACCUUGUGACUAGACACUGUGAUUCUGUUCAACACCUCCAACCAUCCCAAGCUGAAAUGGCUGCUUGUACAGGUCCUCCUUUAUGUAAACUUAUCUGGAACUUAACAGAAUGUCACAAUGUUGUGCCCCCACGGCCUUACUAUGAUGCCUGUGUUAUCGAUGGGUGCUCCGCAAAAAAGCAGAACACUGAAUGUAGAAGUCUGCAAGCUUAUGCAGCCUUGUGUGGUUUCCAUGGGAUUUGUGUAGACUGGAGAAGCAAAACCAGCAGGAAGUGUGAACUCACAUGCUCUGGGGGCCAAAUCUAUAAUCCAUGUGGGAGGAUGGAAAGGAUCACUUGCCCUAGUGGAAAAAACACUUCCAGUGCCAAUCUAUUGCAAAGUGAAAUUCCAGGAAUAUUUGUUGAAGGAUGCUUCUGCCCUGAUGGACUGAUACAGCUGAAAUACCAUGAUAAUAUUUGCGUCUCUCUCUGUGGUUGCAAAGGACCUGAUGGUGUAGUGAGACAGCCUGGAGAAAGCUGGGAAAAGGAUUGUCAGGUCUGCACUUGCAGUAAGGAGACACUGGAGAUUUCUUGUACAUCCCAUAUAUGUGCCAGGUUCCCACCAAUUUCUUGCACUGCAGAAGGAUUUGUCCCUGUAGUGCGGAUACAGUCAGAAGACCCCUGCUGUACGGAGACAGUGUGUGAAUGUGAUAUAAACUCCUGUGCUCCAAUCAAACCAGAAUGCAACCCAGGUUUCCAGAUUGCAACAGUCACUUCUCAAGAUGCAUGCUGUCCCAUUUAUUUCUGUAGACCAAAAAAUGUUUGUGUUUACCAAGGAAUUGAAUAUCAGCCUGGAUUCUUGGUACCUUCUGAUUCUUGUGAAGAAUGUAUCUGCACUGAAACACAGGAUCCUAAGACCAAAACUAACCAAAUUAAAUGCCUACCAAUGAAAUGCUCUACUGAAUGUCAAAAGGGUUUCCACUAUAUCCAGGAAGAAGGAAAAUGUUGUGGUGAAUGUGUGCAGACUGAAUGUGUGGCAGAACUUUCAUUUGGAACAGUGAGCAUUGGGGUUGGGCAGAGCUACAAAGAUCCACAAGAUAACUGUACACAGUAUCUAUGCACCAAGUUAUCAGAUCAGUUCAUUCUGAGUAGCACAGUAAAAGCUUGCCAAAUAUUAGAUCAGUCAAACUGUGUUCCAGGAACCACACAGACUACUCCGGAUGGAUGUUGUGAAACCUGUGUUCUCUUGUCACACAACUGUAAAAUUACUCAGAAGAAGCAAUACAUCUAUCAUGAUCAGUGUAAAUCAAUCACUCCUAUCAUGAUACCUUCCUGUGAAGGAUUCUGUGACACGUAUUCUGUGUAUUCCUUUGUCACCCACAAAAUGAAGCACAGAUGCACAUGUUGCCAAGCUACAAAAUACCAUGGUGUGAGAGUAGAGCUGAUUUGCAGUAAAAAGAAGAGAAUGAAAUACACCUACCUUCAUGUAGAUGAGUGUGGUUGUAUGGAGACUAAAUGCUCUGCAUAAAACAAGGAACCCAAAAUAUUGACAAGCUGUAGUGUGAACAGUUGCUGUAUGUGCCCUUAUAUAUCCUCAUACAGUAUUUUCAUUCUGUAAUGUUAGUUGUUCAGAGUUUUGCUAUGUUUCAUUACUGUGAUUGUGUCAUUUAUUCUUACUGUUACAGCAAAUUGAACAAUUAAUAACAUCUCUUGAAAUUUGUCAAAUAAAUCAUAUUUUCAUGUUU